AUGAAGACAAGACAUUCGACGAUGCUUGUCGGACCCACGAUGUUCGUUCAUUUUGUUUGUGCAUCGCGAUAUCGAUCGGCAACGUUUUCUGAAUUUUCAGGAGUGGCAAAACAGUUGUGUUGAACAUUUUAGCCGAAUGUCAAAGUCAAAUGGGAAUGAAAACAAUUCUCUACACACUCAAUCCAAAAGCAAUGAAUCUCGUCGAACUUUAUGGAUUUCUCGAUUCUCCCAUGUAA